CUUUAUUCUGCCACUGUUUUUGCACCUUAACUCUUCUAGUCUCUUAUCUGGGUUAUUUAUUAAAACAGUGACUUCUUGAAGUUGAGAAGUGAAUGAAGUUUGUGAUUGCAUGAUAUAAACUUGAGAAUGUUUUUGUGGAGUUGAGGUUGCACCAAGUGCUGAAGCAAAGCUCUGCAGCCCUAAGCGUCCCCACCAGGAACAAAUGGCCGGAGUCAGGAACAAAAUUCCUCGAGAGGCAGCUCCUCUGGCCACGCAGCAGUCCAGCUGCCCAGUGCUUGCUCUUAUCACAUGCUGCUACAAGGGUCACGUGGAGAGGCGAGGAGUCAGCUGUGCAGAGCCUUGGCGGCCUUGUGGUGCUGCUGGCGGGGUGCUGGGAGCUUCUGUUUCUGAUGGCAUUUGUAAGCCAGAAUCUGAUCCAAAAGUUCCGCGAGGAUGGCUUCCUUGUGCUGGAGCGUUUCUGCACCGCGGAGGAGUGCGACAGCAUGAGGAAUCGGAUUCAGAGAGUUAUAGCUGAGAUGGAAGUGCCGCCACACUGCCGCACGGAGUUCUCCACCAAAGAGGAGGAGCAGCUCCAGGCGCAGGGUAGCUCGGAUUAUUUCCUAACCAGUGGAGACAAGAUUAGAUUCUUCUUUGAAAAAGGCGUUUUGGAUGAGAGAGGUAACUUUCUCAUUCCAAAGGAGAAAUCUAUCAGCAAGAUUGGCCACGCUUUACAUGCUUACGAUCCGGUCUUCAAGGAAAUCACUCACUCCUCCAAGGUGCAGGAACUGGGAAGAAAACUAGGCCUUGAGAAACCAGUAAUUGUGCAAAGCAUGUAUAUCUUCAAGCAACCUGGCAUUGGUGGUGAAGUGACUCCACACCAGGAUGCCACGUUUCUGUACACAGAGCCUCUAGGCAGAGUCCUGGGCUUCUGGAUUGCACUGGAGGAUGCCACACAGGAGAAUGGCUGUUUAUGGUUCAUUCCUGGCUCUCACACCAAUGGAAUUACCCGGAGAAUGGUCCGUGCCCCACCAGGUACCUCAACGUGUGUAGAGUUCGUAGGGUCAGACCCGACCUAUGAUGACAACCAAUUCAUACCUGUGCCUAUAAGUAAAGGUGGGCUUGUUCUUAUCCAUGGUGAAGUUGUCCAUAAGAGUGAACUGAACAAGUCAGAGUCUUCUCGCCACGCCUUCACCUUCCAUGUGAUGGAAGCCAAAGAUACCAGCUGGAGCAAAGAGAACUGGCUUCAGCCGACUCCUGAACUGCCUUUUCCAUCACUCUACACCUGAAACCGGUGUCUGGCUUCUGGAGUCAAAUAGUUGUUCAAUACUCCUUGCUGAUUGCUUGUUCCUGUUCCCCUCAAAUAUCACUUUCACUAGAUCAGCUCUCAGACUCGUUUAUGCUCUGCUGAGGAAGAGGAAUCUUCACAUAGCUGCAUAUGCCACGCUCUCUACUACAGCAUCAGCCCUACUAGUGCUGACAAUAGUCUCCCAGUCCUUUUGGUAAGGAAACUUCUUCAGUCUGGGGAACGGGCCUGUAAAGGCCAUUGCACCUUGACUGUGGGACCAGUUAAGAAGUGUUUCUUCUCUAGGAUGCUUAAUAUUUUCUUCUAGUUACGUCAAGAGCUCAUGUCCUGUGUACUUACAUGGUUGGGUUUAUCCUAGCAGCACAGGUGAAUCUGUCUUCUGAAGAUGGCUGACUUUCAACCCUAGCUCUGUCUUACCGCUUGAAUAAUACUAAUCAAAAAUAAUUCUAUUGUGGGCAAAAUGAAGCAGGGAGUCUACUCAUAUAAUCAUUCUUCUGACUAUUUCUGGCAAAUUGCAGCUGAGUGUUUGCUCUCUAGGUUUAACUCUUGUUAAUUAAAAAUAUUUACAGAUCUUAAGGAUUCAUGCUGAAGUUAUAAUGAGUUUUUGAAUUUUUGUCUUCAUAACACUUAAAUAAAAAAAAUCCUCA